AUGAUGAAGAGAAAGCUGAGAGCCUCUGACUGCCUUCAGAUCUGCUCACGGUCUGUGUACCGUAGCUUCUUGCAGAUCAAUGUGCAGGUACCCACCUGUCCUGCGCUCUGGUCCUACACGGUGAGCCCUCAGCACCAUCAUCUUCACGUCAGCAGGAAUGUUCAGCAGCUGUUGGUGGUUAAAGAAGAGGUUCCUCCUGAGCAGAAGGAGUGGAGCUCCAGUGUGGACCAGGAGGAGCCAGAGCCCCCCCCACACAUUAAAGAGGAACAGGAGGAACUGUGGAGCAGUCAGGAGGGAGAGCAGCUUCAAGGGCUGGAGGAGGCUGAUAUCACCAAGUUCCCAUUCACUCCUGUCCCUGUGAAGAGUGAAGAUGAUGAAGAGGAAGCUCAGUCCUCACAGCUUCAUCAGAGACAAACUCAACACAUGGAAACAGAAGCUGAUGGAGAGGACUGUGGAGGACCAGAACCAGCCAGGAACUCACAUCCACUUUUACAACCAGAGACUGAAGACCAGACUGGAGACUCUUCUGAUCCUGAGACUGAUGACAGUGCUGAUUGGAAGGAGACCAGAGAACCUCAGUCAGCUUUAAACUCUCUGAAACAUGAUUCAACAUGUAAGAAAACAUUCAGCUGCUCUGAGUGUGGGAAAAGAUUUGGCUUCAAGUCAAAUCUGAAGAAACACAUGAGAAUCCACACAGGAGAAAAACCUUUCAGCUGCUCUGAGUGUGGGAGAGCUUUCACUGAACGUGGAACCCUGAAGACACACAUGAUGACUCAUUCUGGAGAAAAACCUUUUAGCUGCUCAGUCUGUAAGAAAUCUUUUACAUACAGUGGAGCUUUAAAGAAACACAUAAGAACUCACACAGGAGAAAGACCUUUCAGCUGCUCAGUUUGUAAUACAUCUUUUACACAGAGAGGAAAUUUACAGUCACACAUGGCAGUCCACACAGAUGUUCAGCAGCUGUCGGUGGUUAAAGAAGAGGUUCCCCCUGAGCAGCAGGAGUAUAGCUCCAUCGUGGACCAGGAGGAGCCAGAGCCCCCCCCAAACAUUAAAGAGGAACAGGAGGGACUGUGGAGCAGUCAGGAGGGAGAGCAGCUUCAAGGGCUGGAGGAGGCUGAUAUCACCAAGUUCCCAUUCACUCCUGUUCCUGUGAAGAGUGGAGAUGAUGAAGAGGAAGCUCAGUCCUCACAGCUUCAUCAGAGACAAACUCAACACAUGGAAACAGAAGCUGAUGGAGAGGACUGUGGAGGACCAGAACCAGCCAGGAACUCACAUCCACUUUUCCAACCAGAGACUGAAGACCAGACUGGAGACUCUUCUGAACCUGAGACUGAUGACAGUGCUGAUUGGAAGGAGACCAGAGAACCUCAGUCAGCUUUAAAGACUUUAAAACGUAAUUCAAGAUGUAAGAAACCAUUCAGCUGCUCUGAGUGUGAGAGAAGAUUUGGGACCAAGCAACAUCUGAAGACACACAUGAGAACUCACACAGGAGAGAAACCUUUCAGGUGCUCUGAGUGUGGGAGGAAAUUUGACCGCAAAGGAAGUCUGAAUAGACACAUGAGAACUCACACAGGAGAAAAACCUUUCUGCUGCUCCAUCUGUAAGAAAUCUUUUACACACAGUGCAAAUUUAGGCUCACACAUGACAGUCCACACAAGGGAAAAAAGAUUUAGCUGCAGUGUUUGUGACAAGACAUUUCAGUGGCUUAAUCAGGUCAAAAGACAUAAAUGUGUUGGUCGUAAGUCAUCACAGCUUCAUCAGAGUCAAACGGAGGAGAACAGAGAGGCAGAGCCUCCAGCCAGCAGAGAAACUCAACACAUGGUAACAGAAGCUGAUGGAGAGGACUGUGGAGGACCAGAACCAGCCAGGAACUCACAUCCACUUUUACAACCAGAGACUGAAGACCAGACUGGAGACUCUUCUGAACCUGAGACUGAUGACAGUGCUGAUUGGAAGGAGACCAGAGAACCUCAGUCAGCUCGAAACUCUCUGAAAGAUGAAUCAAAAUGUAAGAAAACAUUCAGCUGCUCUAAGUGUGGGAAAAGAUUUGGCCGCAAGCAACAUCUGAAGAGACACAUGAUGACUCACAUGUCAGAAACCAGGAGGGACAGUCUGGGUCCACUUCCUGUGGGGAACAGUUUUCAGACUAAAAGACUCUGA